AGGCGGGCUUAAUGAGCAGGAAGUCCGGUGUUGACGAUUGGCUGUAUCGCUGAAGGGCCUGUAGCUGGGGUUCCUGGUUGGAUGUUGGUUUACUCUUUCUCCAGCCUUUUUUCGGACCCUACCCUGGCCCGGCACACUUGGGGCGAGACGGCGGCGGCGACUUUCUCCUCGCCGCCAUGCACGACGCUUUCGAGCCAGUGCCAAUCCUAGAAAAGCUGCCUCUGCAGAUCGACUGUCUGGCUGCCUGGGAGGAAUGGCUUCUGGUGGGAACCAAACAAGGACAUCUUCUCCUCUAUAGGAUUCGGAAGGACGUUGGUUGCAACAGGUUUGAAGUGACACUAGAGAAAUCCAAUAAGAACUUCUCCAAAAAGAUUCAGCAGAUCCAUGUGGUUUCCCAGUUUAAGAUUCUGGUCAGCUUGUUAGAAAAUAACAUUUAUGUCCAUGACCUAUUGACAUUUCAACAAAUCACUACAGUUUCAAAGGCAAAGGGAGCAUCACUGUUCACAUGUGACCUCCAGCACACAGACACUGGUGAGGAGGUGUUGCGGAUGUGUGUGGCAGUGAAAAAGAAGCUGCAGCUCUAUUUCUGGAAGGACAGGGAAUUUCAUGAAUUGCAGGGGGAUUUUAGUGUACCAGAUGUGCCCAAGUCCAUGGCAUGGUGUGAAAAUUCUAUCUGUGUGGGUUUCAAGAGAGACUACUACCUAAUAAGGGUGGAUGGAAAGGGGUCCAUCAAAGAGCUCUUUCCAACAGGAAAACAGCUGGAGCCCUUAGUUGCACCUCUGGCAGAUGGAAAAGUAGCUGUGGGCCAGGAUGAUCUCACCGUGGUGCUCAAUGAGGAGGGGACCUGCACACAGAAAUGUGCCCUGAACUGGACAGACAUACCAGUGGCCAUGGAGCACCAGCCUCCCUACAUCAUCGCAGUGUUGCCUCGAUACGUGGAGAUCCGAACGUUUGAGCCGAGACUGUUGGUCCAGAGCAUCGAACUGCAAAGGCCCCGUUUCAUUACCUCAGGAGGAUCAAACAUUAUCUAUGUGGCCAGCAAUCAUUUUGUUUGGAGACUCAUUCCUGUUCCCAUGGCAACCCAAAUCCAACAGCUUCUCCAGGACAAGCAGUUCGAAUUGGCUCUGCAGCUGGCAGAAAUGAAAGAUGACUCUGAUAGUGAAAAGCAGCAACAAAUUCAUCACAUCAAGAACUUGUAUGCCUUCAACCUCUUCUGCCAGAAGCGUUUUGAUGAGUCCAUGCAGGUUUUUGCUAAGCUCGGCACAGAUCCCACCCAUGUGAUGGGCCUGUACCCCGACCUGCUGCCCACUGACUACAGGAAGCAGUUGCAGUAUCCGAACCCGUUGCCUGUGCUCUCGGGGCCUGAACUGGAGAAGGCUCAUUUAGCUCUGAUUGACUACCUGACACAGAAACGAAGUCAACUGGUAAAGAAGCUGAAUGACUCUGAUCACCAGUCUAGCACCUCCCCGCUCAUGGAAGGCACUCCCACCAUCAAAUCCAAGAAGAAGCUGCUGCAAAUCAUUGACACUACCCUGCUCAAGUGCUACCUCCAUACGAAUGUGGCCCUGGUGGCCCCCUUGCUGCGUCUGGAGAACAAUCAUUGCCACAUCGAGGAGAGCGAGCAUGUGCUGAAGAAGGCUCACAAGUACAGUGAGCUGAUAAUCCUAUAUGAGAAGAAAGGGCUCCACGAGAAAGCUCUGCAGGUGCUGGUGGACCAGUCCAAGAAAGCAAACUCCCCUCUGAAAGGCCACGAGAGGACGGUGCAGUACCUGCAACAUCUGGGCACAGAAAACCUGCAUUUGAUUUUUUCCUACUCAGUGUGGGUGCUGAGAGACUUCCCAGAAGAUGGCCUGAAGAUAUUUACUGAAGAUCUCCCAGAGGUGGAGUCUCUGCCACGUGAUCGAGUGCUCGGCUUCUUAAUAGAGAAUUUCAAGGGUCUGGCUGUUCCUUAUCUGGAACACAUCAUCCACGUGUGGGAGGAGACAGGCUCCCGGUUCCACAACUGCCUGAUCCAGCUGUACUGUGAGAAGGUGCAAGGCCUGAUGAAGGAGUAUCUCCAGUCCUUCCCCGCAGGCAAAACUCCAGUCCCUGCUGGAGAGGAAGAGGGUGAGCUGGGAGAAUACCGGCAAAAGCUUCUUAACUUCUUGGAGAUUUCCAGCUACUAUGAUCCAGGCCGGCUCAUCUGUGAUUUCCCUUUUGAUGGCCUCUUAGAAGAACGAGCUCUCCUGUUGGGACGCAUGGGGAAACAUGAACAAGCUCUCUUCAUUUAUGUCCACAUCUUGAAGGACACGAGGAUGGCUGAGGAGUACUGCCACAAACACUAUGACCAAAAUAAAGAUGGCAACAAAGAUGUGUAUCUGUCCCUGCUUCGGAUGUACCUGUCACCCCCCAGCAUUCACUGCCUGGGGCCCAUCAAGCUGGAACUGCUGGAGCCACAGGCCAACCUCCAGGCCGCCCUGCAGGUCCUCGAGCUGCACCACAGCAAACUGGACACCACCAAGGCCCUCAACCUUCUGCCAGCAAACACUCAGAUCAACGACAUACGCAUCUUUCUGGAAAAGGUCUUGGAGGAAAAUGCACAAAAGAAACGGUUUAAUCAAGUGCUCAAGAACCUUCUCCAUGCAGAGUUCCUGAGGGUCCAGGAAGAGCGGAUUUUACACCAGCAGGUGAAGUGCAUCAUCACAGAGGAGAAAGUGUGCAUGGUGUGCAAGAAGAAGAUCGGGAACAGUGCAUUUGCAAGAUACCCCAAUGGAGUGGUCGUGCACUACUUCUGUUCUAAAGAGGUAAACCCAGCUGACACCUGAGCCCAGCAUCCCAGGGAUUCAGCAGAUGGACGCAUGGCUCUCUUGGAGAGGUGAAGGAGCACCAGGCCUUAGAAUUGUGGGCUGCCACCACCAGAUGUCUCCUCAUUUGGACACUACCAGCUAUCUUGCACCCUGGAACAUCUCUGAAUUAAUUAGACUCGUGGUCUGGCUUUACCAGCUUUUUAAUAGAAAAAGAGAUUAGUAAUACCUUAUACCAUUAUGUUGUGGGCAAUUCCAGAGAAUUCAGUACCUACUUAGGCAAGAGGAGGUGCGCCAUCUUGCCUUUGCACACCAGUCACCAGAAUGAGGAAACUUGUCUCAAGUGUUUGUAACCACAGGGUUGUCUAUUGAGAGUUUUUCUGUUAAGGUAAGUGCACGACUUCACAAGGACCCCUCGGUGUGGCUGACUGGAGAGUCCUGUGAGAGGACAGCACUUGAGCUACUCUGGCUGCAUAGACGGAAGGGCUCAUUUUCUGUGUGGUGCCAGUUGUGUCUCCACAGCAGCCGUGCCCCGUGGCCUUCAGCAGCCUCCCUGCUCACCCCAUUAGUUUCCAGUCUUCUUUCUUUCUCACCAUUUAUGUUCCCCUCGCUGCCCCAUCCGGGCUUUCUCUCCCACUUCCAUGACUCCAGGAAUAGCCAGUGUGUAAACAAGGUAAGGUCAUAAGCAAGAGGAAGUCUCAGUUCCCAGGAAUCCAUUGCUAGUUGAUUGCCAGGUGUGUUGUAAAUAGAUCCUCACACUCCACGCCUGGAUGCCCAGGGAGUGCCAUCCUCUGCCUAGAAAAGGGCCUGUGGACCUGCCCUCGGGCCGAGUGUGACCACAGCUCCUGAGGACGGGCUGGCACUGCACAGGGGAUGUGGUCCCCUAGGCACAUGCUCCAUAGGGCACCUGCUCUGCUUCAGUCACCGGCCACUUGGGCGGGUUGGUUCAGUCUUUGCUAGUGGAGUUCUUUGUGCUUUGGGCACCUUUCUCUUUUUGCAGCCAGUUUCUGUUCACUUGCCUUACAGCUUUACAGGCAUCGUUCCCCAGCUUUGUUUUGCAGGGUUUGGAGGAUUACGCUGGGAUAGCGUAGGAUGGUGGGUCUCUGCUACACGCAGAGAUAGAGCAGAGCAAUAACUGGCAAGAUGUGAUGCCAGGUGUGCUUGUGAGGUGCUCAGAGACAGCAGAGAGAACGCGGGAGGGCAGGAGCAGCAGCACACAGGUUUAUAAAAUAACUCACCGCCACAUCUGUCGAACACUGCAGGGGACCCUGCCAGAGGUGCAGGGGCUAGAGUUGCCAGCACUACAGGCUGGGGCCACACGAGGAGCGUGGUCCUGCAUCCCGUCCUCCCUGGGUUCAUUGCAGGCUCCAACUCUUAUGGCCCCAGUGUCUUCAGUGGGAGUGAGGGUGGGUAAUGGUGACCAACACUGACAGUUUUUGUGGCCCGUCCUUGACAUGCCUUGUCGUUUGUGAACUGCGGCACCGUGCUGUGUCACAGGCCAACUUGCUGUUGGUAAGUAGACUGGGCUCCCCCCAGGCGCGCUGUCUGGGGGGGUCUGAAGAGUGAGUGCCGUCAGCACCAUUCACAGACGUGGAGGACUGUGCUCGGGUUUGCAGGGCUGGGCAGCACUUCCAUGGACCAGUGUGUGGAGAUAGAAAAGCCACCGUCCCGACUGGCCAUGCCCACAAGAAGCAGUACUGCCUGUGGCCACAUCUGCGCCAGCUGGGACCGCACUGCCCCUGGGAGCAUCAGGGAAGCGCUGGGCCCACGCUCCACUGCGCGGCAGGAGCUCACGCACCACACAAUCCCUGCCUUCCUGGCCGGCUGUGUCUUUUCUCACGAACUGUGUUGGGAGCAAUAGCAUAAGGAAUAUGUGCUUUCUUCCCUUCGGGUACACGUUCACACCCCGUUCCCCACACUCCAUUCUUCCUUCCCUAGACUCUCCCUCCACAGAGGUAUGGAGAAGGCCGGAGACGAAAGCUCUCUAAUGAGGACAGAUGGAGAUCUCUUAACCACUCCUCAUAAUAAGCCCAAUAAAGCAAGAAACCAA